GCCAACAAUCAAUGGCCGAGGGGGGACGAGGGUGGGGGUGACCACGGGCUUCCACCCAGCGGGUGCCAACAGCCUCCACAAAACCGAUUUGGGACAGCCAAAAUGUCUCAAAGCGGAAUCGAUGGGGAAUCGGCGAAGGAGAGGAGGAGGGGCACGUGGUCGGAGCCGAUCCUGGUGAUGGCACGAAGGGAGGCAAGAUGGCAACGGAGGUCCCAUUCCGGGGAAACUAGAACCCUGUCCAGCACGGACUGGGUUGGGGAGGCCUGACGAUUGGUCCAGGUAAACCUGGCACCAAUUCUAUCAAUCUCGCGGAGGCCGAGAUCGGCAAUGAAAUUAUUAAACAUUUGCAUCCGUGCAAAGUUAACGUUCGCGUUGCUCUUGUCCUCCGCGAAACGGAGGAGAUUGAAAUCGCCUCCAACGACCACCGGAAGAGAAGCUGCCUAAAUUUUCCGGUGGAUCUCCUCGAGGAAGGAAGCAGACCUACUAUGGUCGGCCGGUCCGUAGACAAUGAUGACCUCCCACUUAAAAUUAAGCGACCGUUCGAAGAGUUCCAUGCUCAGAAAGAAUUGCCCCCGGAGAAGCGGCCGAAAUUUUCCGGUGGAUCUCCUCGAGGAAGGAAGCAGACCUACUAUGGUCGGCCGGUCCGUAGACAAUGAUGACCUCUCACCUAUAAAUACUCUUUCUGUACUAGAUGGAGAAACUAUUAAUGCACUGGAUAAAAAAAGUUGUAGGUUGAUUAGCACAGUGACAUACCCUUUAGAAAAAAAUCCAGAUGAAUGUUUUAUAGCAAAAUAAAAAAUAAAGAAAAGAAACAAGAGUAGACGAUGCGAUGCCUAUGAAACAAGUGUGGGUUUGGUGCUUGUGCUUGCCGUUGCUUUAGAAUUUGUGAUGCCUUGGUGUCCAGAAAGGAAAAGAAUAAGAAUCAAAUAAAGAAAAACUCCACCGGCAGCUUAUAAAGAAUCAAAUGAAGGAAAGGAACACUCCACCAACAGCUAACGAUUGAUCCCUGCCUCUCUUCCCACGACCUCUUCCCUGCGCGCGCCUACGUAUACCCUCUCCACGCAACCAGCGCCGGCAAAAACAGUAUUGAGAGAGCCACGCCGGAUUAGCAUUCUCGAUCAUUGUCUUCCGUCGCAGCUUGAUCAUCGUCUUCGCUGCAGGGAGCCACACACCGGAUUCACAUUCCUGGCGUUGCGAUGGACUUCGCCGUGGACGCUGCGCUCUGGGUGUUGGGCAAGGCUCUGGCCCCGGUCACGGACGGCCUGCUGGAGCCAUGGGCGGCCAGCGCCGGGCUUGGCCACAACAUCGACGCCCUCAAGAUGGAGCUCCUCUACGCUCAGGGGAUGCUCGACAACGCGCAGGGCAGGGAAUUUCGAAGCCCCGCGCUCAAGGAGCUUCUACACAAGCUCCGGGAGCUCGCGUACAGGGCUGACGACGUGCUUGACGAGCUUGACUACUUCUGCAUCCAGGACGCGCUCGAAGGCACUUACCACGCCACCGCCGACUUGGAUGCACAGGGCUGCAUUGAUGGCCUCGUCCUCAAUGCUCGGCACACUGCCAGGGCCACCGCUCAUAAGCUCAGGCUCUCACCAUGUUCGCCUGGUGCUAGUGCUAGCCGUGGCGAUCCCGGCGACGAAGCAGAAGGUGGGGGGAAACAAGGAUGCCUGUUUAGCAUCCGCACUCGUGGCAGGCAUCAAAUCAGCUCCCCACCAGCGUCACCCACCAACAAUGGUGGAUGCAUUUCCAAGGUUAUUUCUCGUGCUCGCAGCUCUGCCCACAUUAUCGGUAAGAAUCUCACAAGCUACUCUUUCCCGUCCAUCGACCACGAUGACGAUACCAUGUUGGAACGACGGUUCCUUUGUGGCGCCUGGCAGUCCAAGGCAGUACAGAGAAAUCAUGUAGUGCAAACUCCAAAAAAGGAAUUUGAUAGGGUGGGGAUGUCCCAUAAGAUGAUAGAAAUAGUGGAGCAGCUGAAAGCCCUAUGUGGAAAGGUCUCCACCAUCCUCAGUCUAGAGCUAUUGGGUUCUAGUCGUACCUCUAACCAAGACAGUACUAUGAACAGACCCAAAACCACCCCAAAUAUUGUAGAGCCUGAGUUAUAUGGGAGGGAUGGCCAGAAAAAGAGCAUCGUGGAUGAUAUUACACAUGGUAAGUAUUGUACAAAUGAACUUACUGUGGUUCCACUUGUUGGUCCGGGUGGUAUUGGGAAGACAACACUCACACAACACAUAUUUAGAGAACUCGAGAGUUCUUUCCAAGUUUCAGUUUGGAUAUGUGUCUCUCUCGAUUUUAAUGCAGAUAGGUUGAUACAAGAGAUUGUGAACAAGAUCCCUAAAGUGAACGGUGAAAAGGAUAAUGCUAGCAACCAAGAGUUAAUUGAACAAAGAUUAAAAUCUAAGCGGUUGUUGCUUGUUUUAGAUGAUGUGUGGACAUAUCAUGAGGAUGAGUGGAAAAAACUAUUAGCUCCAUUGAAACAUAAUGAUGGAGAAAAGGGUAAUGUGGUUAUAGUCACUACACGAAUUCCAAAGGUAGCAAGUAUGGUCACCACAACUAAUUCUUCAAUCAACGUGGAACGUUUAAGUCAUGAGGAUACUAUGUCUUUCUUCGAAGUAUGUGUAUUUGGUGACCAACGACCAUGGGAAGACCAUCCUGAAUUACGUGAUGUUGGGAAUAGAAUAGUAACAAAAUUGAAGGGUUUCCCUCUUGCAGCAAAAACAGUUGGUAGGUUACUAAGAAACCAGCUUACCUUGGACCACUGGACAAGAGUUGCAGAAAGUAGAGAAUGGGAAUUACAGACCAACGACAUUGACAUUAUGCCUGCCCUAAAGCUUAGCUAUGAUUAUCUCCCUUUUCAUCUACAACAAUGUUUUUCCUACUGUGCAUUGUUUCCAGAAGAUUAUGAAUUUGGUAGCAAAGAGUUGACUCACUUCUGGAUAGGACUAGGCAUUAUAAGGUCACAUGAUAAGGCCAAAAGAACAGAAGGUGUUGCACUGUGCUAUUUAGAUGACUUGGUAAAUCAUGGAUUCUUUAGAAAGAAUGAGAAAGAAAAUGGUCCUCGUUAUGUUAUUCAUGACCUACUGCAUGACUUGGCAGUGAAGGUUUCAUCAUAUGAAUGCCUUUGCAUAUAUAGUUCUAAUGUGAGGUCCAUACAAAUUCCUGCAUCUGUACGUCACUUGUCCAUCAUUGUAGAAAAUACCGAUGUCCAAGAUAUAAUCACUUUUAAAGAAUACAACAGUUAUUUGAGUGCACUAGGUAAAAGAUUGAAAGUUCAGAACUUACGCACUUUAGUGUUGUUUGGUGAAUACCAUGGAAACUUUGCCAAAACUUUUAGGGGUUUAUUUAGGGAAGCUAGAGCCUUGCGCACUAUUUUUCUGUCUGGUGCAUCAUAUUCUGUGGAUGCUGUGUUGCUGGACUUUUCAGAACUUGUCCAUCUUCGCUACCUAAGGAUCAAAUCAGUUCGUAAUAAGGACAUGUGCUUACCUAGUGCAUUGUUUAGAUCCUAUCACUUAGAGGUAAUUGAUCUAGAAAGUUGGGGCGGCAGCUUUGGUUCAACAAGUCAAAUGAGCAGCCUUGUAAAAUUGCGUCAUUUUGGUGUGCCGGAAGAUAGUCUUAAACUUCACUCUAGCAUAUGCGAGGUUGAGAAACUUAAAUUCCUAGAGGAACUGAGGAGAUUUGAAGUGGGAAAAGAAACCAAGGGUUUUGAACUAAGUCAACUAGGAGAACUGACAGAGCUUGGAGGAUCACUUGGCAUUUAUAAUCUCGAAAAGGUGCAGAAAAAAGACGAGGCAAAUGAACUAAAACUGAUACACAAAAACCACUUGCACAAGUUAAUACUAGAAUGGUGUAUUGAUGGACCUAACAAGAAUGCAGAACAAGAAGAACAUGUCAUUGAAAGUCUCGUACCACACAGUAAUCUGCAAGACCUAUGCAUUAGAGGACAUGGAGGUGCUAAUUGCCCACCAUGGUUGGGCAGGUACCUCUCAGUUGAAAAUUUAGAAUCUCUUUCCCUAUGUGACGUAUCUUGGAGCACACUUCCCCCUCUAGGGAAGUUGGUGUUCGUUGCUGGUGAAGAGUGGCAGAGUCAUGUCUCAAGCCAAAGUUUCCAUAUUUUGAAAAGGCUGGAAAUAGUUAACAUACCAAAACUACAAAAAUGGGCUGGAAACGAACCUUGUCAUUUGCUCUCUGUUCUAGAGGUGGUCAUCUUUAUAGAUUGCCCUGAACUCGUGGAAUUGCCAUUUUCACACCCUAGUAGCUAUCAAGCAAAGCACGACGAGAAUAUGUCUUGGUUUCCUAAACUACGGGAGCUCAAGAUUAUACGCUGCCCCAAAUUGGCGUCAUUGCCUCCAAUUCCUUGGACCAAAGCUCCAUGCUUAGUUGAGAUAGAACAAACAGGACCAGUAUUUGGGAAGCUAGUGUACUCGAAGAACUACAAAUCGGAAUUGAGUUUGAAAGUUGAGGGAAAAGACUGUCAGCAUGGUGCGUUGUGGAAUGGGCUGGCAUUCCAUAAUCUAGCUGAUCUGAAAGACCUGAAGGUGACGAAGUGCCCUCCCCUGCCACUGAUUCAUCUCCAGAAGCUAAAAUCUCUCAAGUCCCUGUGGAUAACCGGUAUGAGCAACUCGUUGCUGCUGUUUGAAGGUGAAGGCUAUAAUACUGAAUGCCCGCUUCCAGUUGAACAUAUACGGAUCGAGGACUGUGGUACUGAUGGAAAGGAACUGACACUACUGUUGUCUUAUUUCCCGAAGCUCACUGUGUUAGUAAUGAGAAGUUGUGAGAAGAUAACAGAGCUUGGUGUGGCGGUGCUUCAGACGGAGAUGACGACACCAUCAUCUUCAGGUAAUGAAGUUGAAAUUGAGCAUGCACAAGAUGGGCACCAUCAGACAAGAGGAGAGGAGGUAGAAGAUGCAGCAGCAGGAGGAGGAGGUCUGCUGCUCCUACCUCGCCAACUACAGGAGUUGAACAUCGAUGCAUGCAAAGAGCUGCGGUUACUCUCUGCUUCACUUGGCAAGGACAGCACACACGGAGGAGGGCUCCAGAGUCUCUGCUCCUUCCAAUGGUUGGGCAUAUCUGGUUGCCCCAGGUUCUUCUUGUCCUAUUCGUCCUGCGCCUCAUCUUGUUUCCCCUUCCCAACCUCCCUGCAACAACUCAUGGUGUGGCGCAUGGAGGGCAUGGAGACGCUGGCUCCCCUCUCAAAUCUCAUCUCUCUCACCAGUUUAUACAUGUCUGAUUGUGGGGAUCUAAGAGGCGAGGGCUUCUGGCCUCUCAUCGCCCAGGGCCACCUCACACGAUUAAACAUCUGUGGAACCCCAAAAUUCUUCACUGGUUCAGAGCCCUCAUGGCCGCAUGACCAAGAGAUUCCUUCCUCUUCAUCCAAACUCGAAAAUCUGUCGACAGAUGACUGGGCGGGAGUCCUUACUGUGCCCAUCUGCAGACUCCUCUCUUCCGCCCUCACUGAGUUAAACUUUUGUUACAACGAAGAGGUGGAGCGCUUAACAGAGGAGCAAGAGGAGGCCCUUUACCUCCUCAAUAGCCUCCAGAAACUUGUGUUUUCUCACUGCAGGAAGCUGCAGCACCUCCCUAUGGGGCUAACCAAGCUUGCCAGCCUCAAGAUAUUACAGAUCCGGUGGUGUCCAGCCAUUCAGUUGCUGCCCAAGCACGGACUACCAAGUUCUCUACAAGAAUUAUAUAUCAGAAACUGUCCGGCCAUCAAAUCUCUGCCCAAGGACGGCCUGCCAAGUUCACUACGAAAAUUACAAGUAUUUGAUGGCAUCAGCGAGGAGCUUAAAAGGCAGUGCCGCAAGUUAAAAGGAACCAUUCCAAUCAUCAUAGACUAUGCCAUCUACUACUAAUCCAAGGGUUCUUCUCGGAUUUGUACAUUCUUCUAGCCUAGUCUUAUAGAUCCAGUUCUCUUUCUAUCCAAGCACAGUUCAUGAAGUUGCUGCCUUGAAAGCAUGAAGGUUUCAAAUUAUUAUAGCACCCGUCCAUUAUUAUACUGGUUAUGGCCUCUGCUAUGGAGCUCUAAAAAUUGUUCUACCUUUGUAGAACCUUUGCACAAUUUUGGACGCCAAGACCUUGUGUGGCAUCGCCUACAUAACUAUGGGAUCAGUCUUGGAGUUGUACAUUCUUAUAGCCUUGGAGAGCUCUCUCCUUCUACGAAAAAAGCUAAAAAAAAGAAAAAGAAAAAAAGAGAAAAGAGAAAAAAAGAAAAAGAAAAAAGAAAAAAGAAAAAGAAAAAAGAGAAAAAGAGAAAAGGGAAAAAAUAAAAGGAAAAAAGGAAAAAGAAAAAAAAGAAAAAAGGAAAAGAAAGGAAAUGCUUUAAAAAAAGAGAGUAAAGCUUUCCAUCUGUUCAGUGUCCGCACGUGUGGUAGUCUUGUGACUUUAUGUGAGGUGUUUGUGUAGUUGUUGUAUGUUCUUUCACAGCAAAAGUAGUAAUUCUAAUUGUGUAGGGUUGUUUGUCUGAUAGUUGUGUUGCAUAUUUGGAAAUCAACAUCCAGUAGUAACUCCCAACAAAAGGAAAGGGAAAUGGAAAUUUGCAAGGGAAAGAAUUAUAUCCAUUAUGUGGUUUUUGUGUGGUAUCUAUUUGAAAAGGGAGAAAUAUUAACUGACUAUGAGUUCCGGGACUGAGAGAAGCUGCAGCGCCUAACCAAGCUUGAGAUUACAGAUCAGAGACUGUCCAGUUGCUGCCCAAGGACAUCCUCUGAACCCUUCUGCAAGAAUUAGUGAUCGAGCGUUGUCCGUUCGUCAAAUCUCCUGCCCAAGGACGGCCUGACAAGUUCACUAUGGAAAUUAGAAGUUUUUAGUGGCAUCAGCGAGGAGCUAAAAAGGAAGUGCCGCAAGUUAAAAGGAAUCAUUCCUGUAAUCAAAGGCUACACCUAAUCCAAGGUCUCUUCUUGGAUUUAUACAUUCUUCUAGCUUAGCCUUGUAGACCCAGUUCUUUGUGUCCAAGCACAGUUUCUGAAGUUGUUGCCCAUGCAUGUAUGAAGAUCCCCCUUUAUAGCAUCCAUCCAUUGCUAAACUGGUUAAUAUUCUCUAUGUGCAGAGCCAUUCUUGGAUGCGCACAUUCUUCUAGCCUUGCCUUGUUAUGUCUUUCACGAAGUUGGCAAUCCAUCUGUAAAUGCCUCCAUGUACAUAAACUGCCUACUUUGCAGGCCUCUGCAUGGAGUCGCAAAUUCUUCUGCCCUUGCAUUCACACAUAGUGUGUGCUUCAUGUCCUUGGGUGGUAUCACCUCCCUGUGCAGAUAUGGGAUCUGUCCUGGACUUGGGCUUUCUCAUAGCCUUGUAGAAAUCUCUUCAUUCUUCUGGCAAAAAAAAAAGAAAAAGAAGAAAAA